AGUUGGAAUUAAAAGCUGCUUGUCGGGAGUCGGGGCGGGCGGGCGCGCGCUGGGCGGAGCAGGCUCGGGCGGGCGUCUUUCCGAACUUUUGUUUGGAAGGGGUUGGUGCGCGAAAGAGGCGGAUUUUUAUGCCCCUGGCUCCGCGUUCGGCGGUGCGAGAGCGCGGGAGGUCCCGAGUGCCCCCCUCCCGCGUGUCGGGCCCCCGGAGCCCCCCUCCCGCGGGAGACGGGCGAGGGAGCGAACGACCCCGGCGCCUGGGCAUGCGGGGCGGCCAGCCCGGCGCUGUUGCUUAAGCCGAGCGAGCGAGAGAGACCGCCGGAGAGGGAGACAAGACGGCCAUGGACGUCGGCGGGCAGCCCCAACAGGCGCCGUCGGCGGCGCAGCCCCAGCCGUCGCAGGCGCAGCCUACGGGGCAAGCCUCGCCGCCGGCGCCUCAGCCCGGCGGGGGAGCCGUAUCGGGGCCUCCCCCGGCCGGCCAUCAAGUCGUCCACGUCCGGGGCGAUUCGGAGACGGACUUGGAGGCCCUCUUCAACGCCGUCAUGAACCCCAAGGGCGCCAACGUCCCCCACACGCUCCCGAUGCGGCUCCGCAAACUGCCGGACUCCUUCUUCAAGCCUCCGGAGCCCAAGGCCCACUCCCGCCAGGCCAGCACGGAUGCAGGAACGGCGGGCGCCCUCACUCCUCAGCAUGUUCGCGCUCACUCUUCUCCAGCUUUGUUGGGAACAGUUUCUCCAGGUGCACUUACUCCAUCUGGCGUAGUUCCUGGAGGUACACCCUCUCAGCAUCUCCGUCAAUCAUCUUUUGAAAUCCCCGACGAUGUGCCCCUACCACCAGGUUGGGAGAUGGCAAAGACACCUUCUGGCCAGAGAUAUUUUCUGAAUCACAUUGACCAGACAACAACAUGGCAGGAUCCAAGGAAGACUCUCCUUUCCCAAAUGAAUGUUACAGCUCCUACAAGCCCUCCAGUGCAGCAGAAUAUAAUGAAUUCAGCAACCGGCCCGCUCCCUGAAGGAUGGGAACAAGCCAUGACCCAGGAUGGAGAAAUUUACUACAUAAACCAUAAGAACAAGACUACAUCUUGGCUAGAUCCAAGACUUGACCCACGUUUUGCUAUGAACCAGAGAAUCAGCCAAAGCGCUCCCGUGAAACAGCCACCGCCAUUGGCCCCCCAAAGUCCUCCCGGUGGAGUCCUGGGAGGUGGCACUUCCAAUCAACAGCAACAGAUAAGACUGCAGCAGCUACAGAUGGAAAAAGAAAGGUUGCGACUGAAGCAUCAAGAACUGCUUCGGCAGGCGUUGCGGAAUAUCAAUCCCAGCACAGCAAAUGCUCCAAAACGUCAGGAAUUGGCUCUCCGUAGUCAGCUUCCCAGUAUGGAACAAGAUGGCACCCAGAAUCGAGUAUCCUCUCCCGGAAUGUCUCAAGAACUCAGAACAAUGACCACAAAUAGCUCAGAUCCCUUUCUUAACAGUGGGACAUACCACUCCAGAGAUGAGAGCACCGACAGUGGCCUCAGCAUGAGCAGUUAUAGUGUUCCUAGAACUCCAGAUGACUUCCUUAAUAGUGUUGAUGAAAUGGAUACAGGUGACACUAUCAACCAAAGCUCCAUCCCCUCCCAUCAGAACCGUUUUCCAGACUACCUUGAAGCCAUUCCGGGGACUAAUGUGGACCUUGGAACACUGGAAGGCGACCCGAUGAAUAUAGAAGGAGAGGAACUGAUGCCAAGCCUACAAGAAGCUUUGAGCUCCGAUAUCCUUAAUGACAUGGAAUCUGUGCUGGCAGCCACCAAGCUAGAUAAAGAAAGCUUUCUGACCUGGUUAUAGGGGCCUCAGGGAGAUGGAAUUGGAAAUCUUUGAAGGAUCUAAGGAGAUAAGACAUGUACCUUUGUUGAGAACAGUAUCAUAAAGGCAUCUUGGCUUAUGAUCAGAGAGGAAAACAUUUACUGAACAAAAUACUUCCGAUUUUAUUGAUCCAAUGUUUUUUUUUUGUCCAAUCGCUGCUGUUAUAUCGCUGACCUCUUUCACAUUGACUCUGAAGAAUUCUGUUGUUUUUUUCUGUUGCAACUACUGUUCAGCAUGGUGGUAAUGGGCAGGGAGAGGAUGGAAAAGUUGGUAUAGUAUAGCUUUUAUUGUCAUUGUACAUCAUGUAUACAACGAAAUGGGUUAGAGAGAGAGAGAGAGAGAGAGAGAGAGAGAGAGACCAGCUAUAUUUCUGGAUAAUGUCUAUCAUUCCUUUUGCCCUGCUUUCUAUUUGCUUGUCCUUUUCUUUGACUAAGGAUGUUGUGGAGCUUCAGCUUUUGUGUAUUGGCAAAAAACAAAAUAACCCUUAACUAGCCCAUCAAGCCAAAAAGGACGUAUCUGAUAAGGGGGGAAGGAGGGGGGGGAAUCCAUACCAAUUUGGGAAUAAAACAUAAAAUGUUUUAUUGUUGGGCACGAAUCAUCAGACAUUUAAGUGUUGGAUACAGUUCUUCAUGCCGCUUGAUCUAUAUUGAGCAAAACGGACACAUGCCAAGGAUGGCUACUGGAUUUUGCCCACUGGCAGCUUCUUAAUUCCCUUAGUUAGCUUGCUCACAUUUUACAGCAUCAUAAAGAAACCCUUUCCUACGAAAACAUGGUUUGUUGCCUCUUUCGCUUGUUUUCCAAAUUUUAGACCUCUUUAAUUAUAGCCGUAGAUUAGAAAAAGAACGUUCUGUUUUGUGUAUUGGUUGUUUUUGUUUUAAUAUUUUUAAAUAGUGAAAUUUUCUGACUUCACCUAGUCUUAUUUAAGUCUGAAUGGAUUUUUUUUUAUACUAAGCUAGUAUAGCCAGUUAAUAUCAAUAGUUCUAUGUUUUGUUUACUGCUUUUAAAAGGAUAACUUUGAAUGUAUUCAUUAGAUUAAAGAGCCUUUGGCUUAAGUUUCACCCCUGUAUCCAGAAUUCAAAGAAACGUCCUCGUCUUACAGAAUUCUUUACCUAAAUGUACUCAUUUGAACAUUAGCCUCACACAUUCUGGAGGAGUUUUUAAAGCUUUUAACCUUGCCAUUUAAGAAUGGCCAACCGUCGUGCUUUUACCCUCAGCUUUGAACACGGUAAACCUUACAUUGAGUUCUUAAUCAAAGGACAGUAUUUGUCAUUGGGGAGCUUUUUAAUGUUGAUGAAAUUGUUGGCUUGAGAAUCAAGUGUCCCCAGUGAAAAGAAAAUGAAGCUUUCCUGUAUACAUAGUUUCAUGAUACUGUCUGCACUGUCAGGUGAGUUUACAAUAUUAGCAACGGGAACACUAAAGUUAAACUAUAUCAAAAGCAUACUGAAAAAUAGGUCCAUUGCACACUUAGAAGACUGUAAAGAUAUGUGAUAGAUGGCAACAUGAGCAUGUAGUUGGCCAUGUAUUUUAGUUGUAGUGAUUAGCACUGAAGUCAAAGAGUGAGUAUAUAUCUAUAAACUUUACUUUUAGCAGGAAUGGUUUAUCCUUAAAGUUGUCUGUAGGAAUUGUGAUAUUCCAAAGAGUAUAUUAAAUGAACAAAAUGGCCAUGUU